ACUGCCCGCGCGUAUUCGCGCAACCCGCAUAAACGGCACCCGACGAAUGCGUUUUAUCGGGGCCAUGAGGCGUCACUGAACGUCUCAACAACGUCGUCGCGCGCGUUGGAGGAGGAAAGAGGAAGAGUGCUGCAAACCGCAACAGCAAAAGCAGACUUCAGCAUCAGGAAGAGGACAAGAAGAGAACGGGCAAUAAAAGCAUUCCGGCAGGUGCUAUGGGUGGAACCGGGAUUUCCACGGGCCUGCGAGGUUCACCUACGGCUCGGCUUGAUGCUGAAGGUCCACGCUGAGUUUGAAGCUGCCUUAAAGCACCUCACCCUUGCUCUGAUCGAUGCCACCACACCUGCUUCUUUCUCUAAACUCGAGAUUAAGUUUCACGUCGCGCAUUUGUAUGAAGUUCAGGGCAAGUAUCGGCUGGCGAAAGAGCGUUACGAGGCGCUGUUAAAGGAGAAGGUCCUUCCGUCACACUUGAAGGCCGAUAUUUAUCGUCAAUUAGGAUGGAUGUGCCACGUGGUUGAAAGUACAGUGCUGGGCAUUAACAGACAACAAAAACAGACUAUAGCUAUUCUUUACCUACAAAAGUCUAUCGAAGCGGAGCCCAAGAGCGGGCAGAGCCUUUAUCUUCUGGGACGUUGUCUUGCUGCUUCAGGGAAAGUUCACGAAGCUUUUAUCGCGUACAGGAAUUCUGUCGAGAAGUCGGAAGGCAAUGCAGACACUUGGUGUAGUAUAGGUGUUUUGUAUCAGCAACAGAAUCAGCCUGUGGACGCGCUGCAGGCCUACAUAUGCGCCGUACAGCUCGAUAAAUCCCAUUCGGCCGCUUGGACCAAUUUGGGUAUACUGUACGAAAGUGUCAGUCAACCAAAAGACGCGCUGGCUUGUUACAUUAACGCAUCCAGAGGGAACAACGCCGCAGCGAAUUGCACGGGUGCACUGGCGGGUCUGGGUGGCGUCAAGUCCGACGGCAAUAACCCGAUGAACCCGUCCCUCCAACAGCGCAUCAACUUUUUGCAAAGUCAUCUAAGCCAAGCACCAAUGCCUUCUGUUGCUACUAAGAGACGGCAGUUGCCGUCGAUCGAAGAAGCGUGGAAUCUGCCGAUCAGCGCAGAAAUGUCGAGUCGGCAACAACAGCAGCAGCAACAACCCGGUGGACAAUCGUAUAAAUACGGAGCAACUCCCACUGGCCCGCCGCCGCCUUACCCACAAAAUCAGGCGCAGACCACUAAAAGAUUUAAGAACGAUGACUCGAUUGCGACCGCGCCUCAACAACGGCCGCCGUUCUACCUUACGUCACAGCAACUACAACUGUUGCAAUUUUUCCAACAUAGCAAUGUUACUCUUACGCCUCAGCAACAAAGCAUGUUCCUUCAACUCCAGACUCAGUACCGUGCGAUGCAGCAGCAUCAGCAGCAGCAAAUCAGGUUACAGCAGCAACAAGCAACGCAGCGGGGUUUGAGACCCGGUCAACCCGGUUAUCCCACAAUCUUCGGUGGACAUCCUCAAAACAUCGGCCAGCCGUCAAAUAUUAUCAAGAACUAUGGCAUACCUCAGCAACCGUUACAACAAGGAGGUACCGUCGCGCUGCAGACGGGCUUCUCUGAUACCAAUGUCGGCUACAACACAGCGGCGACCGGGAAUACUACGCAAACACCAGGAAUGCCUUAUAAAUCGGCUUCUGAUCCCACCUAUCCGGCUCAGAGGCAGCAAAUUACUACCGGCGCUCAAUACGGUAGUCAGUAUCAGCAACAACCGAAUCAGUAUACUACUCAGGGCUAUACACAAGUAUCGUCAGCGACUAGCAAUUUUCAAGAAAAUUCCGCAACGGUCGCGACGACUAAGGACAAUCUAGGUGUGACCGAUCAGGAGUUGCAGGCAUUACUGUCGCAGAAAGACAUCGCCACGUCGCUAGCGGAAGAUCUUCUCAAACACUUCGGUUCUGAGGAUUUGGAUACCGUUGUAAAGGAAGAACCAUCGAACAGCGGUGUCACCAAUGACACUGGUACACUAAGUUCCGGUCCGUUCUCACCAUCGAAUCCCGAAGAGGCCGCGGCUGACAAGAUGAAGGAAGUGGUGAAACUAGAGAAGCCAGAAGAAACUUCCGAAUCGACACAGCCGACGACGGAAAAUGUAACGACGGCUGCUAUAACGACAACUGUGACAACAACGACGGUGACGACGCAGCCGACGAUGAUGAUGACGGAGUCACCUGUGAAGAGCGAAGCGACGUCAUUGUCUUCCAACAUGACAACAACAGUGCCGGUAACAAAUAGGAACGAGGUAGCCGCUGUCCCCAAGACGGAACCUACGAUGAAUUUGCAGCUCGAGUCGUUGUGCGAAUCGCAACCGGAGCAAAAAUUCAGCAUUACUAUGAGCGCCAGAGAAGUGGUCGAGGCGUGUAAGGGUCAGGGACUCAACGGUGUGCCGAACUGUUCGAUACUCAGCGAUCGUUCGCCACCGCCGGCGCCUCCCGAUCCGCCCAGUCAACGGUUGACGAAGGAGCAACUUUCGCCACCCGCACCGAGUAUCUUCUUGGAGAACAAGAAGGAUGCCUUCAAUCCGCACUUGCAGGAGUUCUGCUUAAAGCAUCCGAUUGCUGUGAUACGUGGUCUCGCUGCUGCUCUCAAGCUCGAUCUAGGUCUUUUUUCAACUAAAACUCUGGUCGAAGCGAAUCCUGAUCACGGCAUCGAAGUACGAACACAGAUGCAGCAAACCAGUGAGGAAAACUGGGAUCCGAUGCUGAACAAGAAAGUUUGGGGUUGCAUAAGUCAUCGCAGUCACACGACAAUCGCCAAGUACGCACAGUAUCAAGCUUCUAGUUUUCAGGAAAGUCUGAGGGAAGAGAAAGCGCAGGGUAGCUCGCACUCUAACCUAUCGGACUCUGACUCAAAAGACAGUACUGGACAAACUGUAAGGCGCAAGAAGAAUAGCUUCGGUCUGACUGGUCGACCGGGCACCAAGAUGAUCCGUUUCGGUACUAAUGUGGAUUUAUCGGAUGAGAAGAAGUGGAAACAACAAUUGAUGGAAUUAAUGAAAUUACCGGCAUUCACCAGAGUCGUGUCAGCUGGCAACAUGCUCAGCCACGUGGGACAUGUGAUCUUAGGAAUGAACACUGUGCAGUUAUACAUGAAGGUACCUGGUAGUAGAACACCUGGUCAUCAGGAGAACAACAACUUCUGUUCUAUUAAUAUCAACAUCGGACCGGGCGACUGCGAAUGGUUCGCAGUGCCGGACGCUUAUUGGGGCAUAAUAUGUUCGCUCUGUGAACGCAACGGCAUUAGUUAUUUGCACGGCAGCUGGUGGCCGAACAUUGCGGAUCUGCACGCGGAAAAUAUCCCGGUGUACAAGUUCGUUCAACGACCCGGUGAUCUCGUAUGGGUGAACGCUGGUUGCGUACAUUGGGUACAAGCGAUCGGUUGGUGCAACAAUAUCGCUUGGAACGUCGGUCCGCUCACCGCUCGGCAAUAUCAACUCGCGAUCGAGCGUUACGAGUGGAACAAAUUGCAAGCGUUCAAAUCAAUCGUGCCAAUGGUACAUCUAUCGUGGAAUCUGGCGCGUAAUAUCAAAGUUUCGGAUCCACGACUGUUCGAGUUGAUCAAGAACUGCUUAUUGCGGACAAUGAGACAGUGUUGUCUGAUUCUGGAGUUCGUUCGGAGUAAACGCAUCGAAAUGCGCUUUCACGGCCGUGGUAAGAACGAGGCUUCGCAUUACUGCGGCCAAUGUGAGAUUGAAGUGUUCAACGUCUUAUUUAUCCGCGAGCAAGAGAAACGCCAUGUAGUGCAUUGUAUGGACUGUGCUCGAAAGCAGGCUCCUUCGUUAGAAGGGUUCGUCUGCUUGGAAGAGUAUAGUAUGCGUGACUUGAUGGAUGUCUACGACGGGUUUACUCUGUACACACCUGUGACGACUACAGCGUCCACUUCCUCGUCGUCGUCGUCAUCGUCAACGUCGCAGGCGCAGAUUGGCCAGGUUUCUUGAGGUUACAUGCAGCACAGAUAUUUGGACUUCCUGGCCACGUUGCAGCAGCAGUAAUUUUUGCUAGGAAGUGCAAUUUCUGUGUCGAUGAUGAGAAACGAGAAGACGCUUUAUACGAUAAGCAUUAUUCGUGUACCUGAGAGCUACUUGAAAAAAGCCGAAACUGCUUUAUUCAGAGCUCCUCAUAGACGAUCGUCCGCGAACAUACUGGUUGAGGCAGCGUCAGAGCGUGACAGUAACUUUUUUUUUUUUUUUUUU